CGGCCGCGGCGAGGGCAGGGAGCGCAGCGGGACAGGCGGGCGGCUAAGGCCUUCAACUCCUUCCUAGCGAGCGCAGCCGCUCGGCACCGGCCGGACCGAGCACAGAAGCCACAGGCCGGGGCCGCCCCUGAGUUUGGGUCCUGCUUCGGGUCCUCCGCGUGGGGGCUGUCUGGCUCCAGCCUAUUGGCCCCUUACCGGCGCAGGCAGAGUGUGGGCAGCUAAGCAAGGAGGCCGGGAGCGGGGGAAGGGCCCAGCAUGGCGGCGGCGGUGGCGGCGGCCCUGGGCCGGGCAUGCACUUCUGGUGCCUUCCGAGUGGCGUGGAGAGGGUUUGCUUCUGUGCCUCUGAGAGGGAGUUGCUGUUCCUAUUCCAAUCUGGCCUGGGCUUUCCAAGCACAGUGUUCCAUCUCUGGGUCCUGGACUGGGACAGUUGAGCAACGCAGAAACAGCAGUUUCUUCAACACAUUGACAGCUGAUGAGCUAUGGAAAGGAGCUUUGGCAGAGACCGGCGCAGGAGUCAAGAAAGGAAGAGGAAAGAGAAGGAAGAAAAAGCUGAGGAAGAAUCUCAACAGAGGCCAGGAGAUUGGUGAAGGACGUUCUGGUUUGCUCUGGCCUGGUCUUAAUGCUCCUGUGAUACAAAGUGGGAGAGUCCAGACAAUUACCCAGAGGAAGAAAGAAGAACGAGAGAGAAUUCAGUCUGAAAUUGUUCAGCAGAGAGAUACCUGGGAGAAGAGAAGGAAAAUAAAGAUUAAGAGAGAGGGAGGAUGGAGUGGAAAGUGUUGGGGAGGUGUCCUUCUGGAUCCUCCCGACCCAGGCCCUAAUGGAGAAACCUAUGAAGAUUUUGAAACAAGAGUCAUUGAGGUAAAAAAUGUGUUCUGCAUGAAGGCAAAGGAAGGCAGAAAAAAGUCUACCCGUGCCCUGGUGGCUGUUGGAAACGGUAAAGGGGCUGCAGGGUUUGCGAUGGGCAAAGCAGGCGACAGGAUGAAUGCUCUACGGAAGGCAAAGAACAAAGCCAUACGCUGCUUGCAUUUCAUCGAGCGCUACCAGAACCACACCAUUUACCACGACAUCAAAGUGAAGUUCAAAAGGACAACCAUCCACAUGAAGAGGCAGAACAAAGGGUAUGGUCUUCACUGCCACCGAGCUAUCAUCACCAUCUGCAAACUAAUUGGCAUUCAGGACAUGUAUGCCAAGGUGACUGGAUCCAAAAACUUGAUCAACAUCACCAGGGCUCUCUUCAAAGGUUUGACUGAGCAGGAGAGUCACCAAGAGUUGGCCAACCAGAAGAGGCUGUGUGUGGUGGAGUUCCGGGAGGAGCAAGGCCCCCUGCCCAUCGUGGUGGCACUGCCUGAGGGGACUGUCCGUGAGGAUCCCGAGCCUGAAGAUGAGGUUCCAGACAUCAAGCUGGAGUGGAGGGAUGUGAAGGAAGCUCAGGGAAUGAAGAACUCUCCCUGGGCCAACGUCAGACGGACAAUCUGGUAAAAGCCUUGGUCCCUCUGCUCAGAGCUGCUCCUGGGAAAGCCCAGCCCAGGUGGAUUGGUUGCCUAGGCUGACAUUUCAAAGGAGGGCAGCAGGUAGCCUCCCAUGACCUUCACAUUGCUGCUGCCAUUGCUCCCCUCCAGUCUCACUGUUUGGUUCUUCUGGCUGCUGUUUGGCUGGGGACAUUCAGAUGGCUGCAGCCAAUGUGAUGAUGUGGCCAAGCAUGCAUUGACUUGCUUUCUGGAGGUGGUUAAUCAACAGAGCCCAUGUGCCCGUCACAGGCUCUGGGGAAACUACUGCAAUAAAGAAUGCUCAGAAUGA